UUCUGAUUGGAAUAGCAGGGAAGAAGCAUUUUACAUGAACAUGCUAACAGGAAACUGAACCUUGUCUUGUUGUAGUAACUUUAUAUCUUUGUGAAUUCACCGCCUCUGUGUCCGCCUGAAGUCAUGCUGCCGCUGAAGGAGAAGGAUAAACCCAUCAUCCAGAAGCUGCUGUCAGCUGGCUGCUGUGCCCGCUGUGUCCUCAGGUUCUGCUGUGUGAGCGUCCAGGCUGCCUACAGAAAACCCCACCAGGAUACACUUAAAGAACUCAAAGCCUUCAUCAACAACACAGAGAACAGCAAAUCACAAGAAUCAGCAGAAGAAAACAGCAAAUCCCAUGAUGCAGCAGUACCAGAUCCAACUGAAGACCCCCCAAGUAAAAGAGCGAAACUGGAGCCCAGUGAGACUGGGUGUCUGCCAGAGGACGACGCUGCUGCUGUUGUCAGACUGAAGGAUGAAGAGUCGAGUGUGUGUGUGGUGUGUUUGGGGAUCCUGCAGGAACUCUGUGGCCCGACUCAGGCUGUAAAGAUAGCAGAGAAGGUGAAGGCAGAAAAGUACGAGUUCGACACUCUGGUGCUGUCUGUCUCUCUGCCUGCUCAGCUGUGUGUCCGAGAGCACUCCUGUUGGCUUCAUGUGAAGAAGGAAUUAAGAGAGAAGAGUAUGGCAGUCGACAAGGACGACGUCAUCCAGGUGAAGGAGGCCUUUAAGUGGAUCAUGCAGGGUCAGGUCGCCAAGGAGCUGGGGGGCAUUGUAGUAGUUACCAGGAGUUUCUUCGAGGUCGGUGUGGAGUUCACUCACCCAGAGACGGACGCUGACUGCCACUUCCUAGCAACAACGUGUGCUGACUGCUUCAAACCCACCAAGAACAAACAGUCGGUGUUCACCCGGAUGGCCGUGGUCAAAGCUCUGGAAAAGAUAGAUGAUGCAAAAUUCCUAAAACAUUACCCUUGUCCACCAGCUCAGCCGAGCAGCAGCUGCAUCUCUCAGGACGUCCAGUGUCUCCAUGUGUCUGUCUUUGUGGCAGGGAGGUACAACAAGUUCUGUCGCAGUCUACCUCAGACUCCCUGGGUCAUCGACGGAGAGAGGAGGAUGGAGUCGUCGGUGGAGGAGCUGAUCGCAGCGCCCAUCCUGUCUGCCUUUAGAGCCGACGGAUUCAAUUUCUCCUCGUCUGGCAGGGAAGAUGUGGAUGUCCGGACUCUUGGAAAUGGUCGUCCGUUUGCGAUGGAGCUGCUGAAUCCUCACAGAUCCAGAUUCAGCAAAGUGGAGAUGAAGCAGCUGCAGGAGACCAUCAACAAGUCUUCAGACAAAAUCAGGGUGAGAGACCUGCAGAUUGUUACCAGGGAGGCCAUGAGUCGGAUGAAGGAGGGAGAGGAGGAGAAAACCAAGUCAUACACGGCGCUCGUCUGGACUCAGAAACCCAUUCAGAGUGAAGACAUCGCCUUCAUCGAUGACAUCAAGGAUCUGACUCUGGACCAGAAGACUCCUCUGAGGGUGUUGCACCGACGGGCACUGGCCGUCCGUCAGCGAGUCGUCCACAGUAUGACCACCCGCUUCCUGGACUCUCAUCACUUCUACCUGGGGCUGAAGACACAGGCCGGGACUUACAUCAAAGAGUUCGUCCACGGAGACUUCGGUCGCACCAAACCCAACCUGUGUCAGCUGCUGAAGACCGAUACCGACAUCCUGGAGCUCGACGUGGAGUCUGUGGAUGUGGACUGGCCUCCGCCCAUACCAGAGUGAACGCUGCCGCCGCCUUCAUCCUGUCUCUGAGAGGCCACAGAUGUUCAAUUUCCAUGAGACCGAAGGUGACCGUGUGUAGGAGAACGACACCAGACCAUGGAUGUGGUUCAGAGUGCCUGAGACUGUAACCAUAAUGUGGAGGUGAAGAGGAAACCAUGAACUCACAGCAGUUACACAGUCCUGCUGGCUGCUUUGUGAAGCCUGCUCCGUUCAUGGUUUGGUUCUGGAUUUGCCUCCUUGACUGUGUCUUCAGUUUUAUCACAGCAAAUGUUUUUGUACACUUUCGAGUGGUCUUCUUCUGUUGUGAUUAGUUUCAGGCAAGUCGUUUUUUCUGUAACAAGACUGUAAGUGAAAUGAAGCAGUGACGCUCAUUAAACCAGAAUUGUUUUGUUUGGUAUGAAAAUGUA